AUGGAGCAUCCCCACAUCAAAGACCCAUCCCAGGACGAUGGGCCCUUGUGGGGCAGCAAAAUAGGGUCUGCCAAGGACCCAGAACGUGGUGUGAUGCCACUGGACAGCGGGGAGGCACGCAUGCACUCGCUGGGAUACAAACAGGAGCUCAAAAGGGAGUUUGGUUUCUUGACAAGCACCUGUGCCAGCCUGGGCCUCAUGGCAUUCUCUUCCGGUCUCACAGGCUUCUUUGGCAUUGCGUACAUGAACGGGGGCCCCGUGUCGGUGGUGUGGGGGUGGUUGCUAGUGGCGGUCAUGAACAUCUUUGUGGCUCUAACAAUGGCGGAGAUUGUCAGUGCAUAUCCCAUUGCUGGAGGCCCCUACUACUGGUGCUUGGAGCUGCUGGAUAACAAUCCCAAAUACACCCUCAUCGGCUGGUGUACGGGGUGGAUGAACGUGCUGGGCCAGUUUGCACUGACAGCAUUCAAUGCACUGCUCCUUGCAAAGCACGUUGCAAUAAUGUGGCUCCUUGGGAAUGGCCAUGUAUUUCCACCCUUGGAAACCCUGCUGGUCUAUGCAAUCGUCCUGCUUCCUGCCGGCUUCCUCAGCACGAGCAGCACGCGCGGCAUGCGCAGCUACGCGGCAGCUGCGGGAGCCUUCCUGGUAGUCAGCGGGUUACUCAUCGCGGUGGCGUUGCCUGUUGUGGCGCCCACACACCAGAGCGCCGCAUUCGUGUUCACCCACUUUAAUGUGGGUGACAUGGCAAUGUCGAAUGUGCCUAAUGUGGCGUACCUCUUCCUGCUGGGCAUGCUCACUGCCCAGGGGACGUUCAUUGGCUACGAAGCGCCGGCACAAUUUGCCGAGGAGACCAGGCGGGCAGAUGUCAGUGUGCCCCGAGCAAUUAUCUUGUCUGUGAUGGCAAAUGCAGUCCUGGGCUUUUGCUACAUCGUUGCCAUCCUGUUCAGCAUCCAGGGGGUGGCAAAUUUAUCGAAUGGGGAGGCCCAUGGGUACCUGGUGGGUCAGAUCUUCUAUGACUGCUUCAAGGCACGAUUUGGGUCGGGAGUGGGUGCAAUAGUGAUGUUGAUCAUCCCCAUGAUCACCACUUUCAACGCUACAGUCCUCUCGCUCGCCACAAAUGCAAGGAUGCUGUGGGCGUUCGCGCGCGACGGCGGCGUUCCCUAUUCGCGUGUGUGGUCAGCGGUUAGUGAUUGUACGCACACUCCAGUCAGUGCGGUGUGGGCAAUGUCUGCACUGGCGUUCCUGCUGGGCCUGCCCAUGCUCUACUCCUUGGAAGUCUUCCAAGCACUCAUAUCCGUCAGCUCUGUGGGCCUCUACACCAGUUAUGCCAUCCCGAUAGUGUUGCGCAUGCUGCGCAAGGACAGCUUCCAGGCAGGUCCCUUCCAGCUGGGCAAGUGGCAGCUUCCAGUGCACCUGGCAGCUGUGGUAUGGGUGGCUAUCUCCACAGUGUCCUUCAUCAUGCCGACAUGCUACCCGGUGGAUAUUUCGAAUGUUAAUUGGACACCAGUCACGGUGGGUGCAGCGCUGCUGCUUGUGCUGGGGGGAUGGUACCUGCCUUGUCUUCGCGCUUGGCAGUGUCACCACGGCAAGGCACGCACUCUCGGCUGCGCCUGUGCGAGAGCUGCUGGGCGCUGCAGCGGGGGCACACAGGAGCCAGAAUUCGAAAGCCCGAGCGCACACCUGCAGCGCCUGACGCUCACUGACCUGGAAUACACUGUGGCAAAGGAGGCAACGCCCCAGAAUGGUGCAACUACCCGGGCAGCUCCAGCCUGCCCACCUGCCCGGACCGGGCAGCUCGGCGGCACCCACACCUCUGUAGUCAUCCAGAGCCACCUCCCUUUGCAUAAAAAACCCUGA